GAGAGCGAGGAACAGAGAGAGAGAGAGAGAGAGACGGGGGAGGACCGUUAAUUUUAUCCGCUCAAACUCGCGCACACUCACGCAGACCGUGUCCGUGUUGAAUGCGUGGAGAAGGAGGAGGAGGAGAGAUCGGCAGAGUGAGCUGAUCCCGAUCCUGCUGUUCUACCAACACCACUGCGACCAGAAGCACAGAGAGGACGGGAGCACGGCGGCGGCGGCGCCUUUUUCUCGAACUAUUCAUCUAAAUAAACAGCUAAAAGAUCAUUAUAUCAUAGAAGAAGAAGUGUUUUUAUAUGUAUUCAACGGCACGCCUGGAUAACAUGGACCAAUAUGACGACGACACCGUCUACAUGCAGCAGGAGGAUGACUGGGACCGGGAUAUGCUCCUGGAUCCUGCCUGGGAGAAGCAGCAGAGAAAGACAUUUACAGCGUGGUGUAACUCUCACCUGAGGAAAGCAGGAACGCAGAUCGAGAACAUCGAGGAGGACUUCAGGGAUGGACUGAAACUCAUGCUGCUGCUGGAGGUCAUCUCAGGUGAACGCUUGGCCAAACCAGAACGAGGCAAGAUGAGAGUCCACAAAAUCUCCAACGUUAAUAAAGCACUCAACUUCAUCGCAAGCAAAGGGGUGAAGCUGGUGUCCAUUGGUGCAGAAGAGAUUGUUGAUGGAAACGCUAAAAUGACCCUGGGAAUGAUCUGGACCAUAAUCCUCCGCUUCGCCAUCCAAGACAUUUCUGUGGAAGAAACCUCAGCCAAAGAAGGCCUCCUGCUGUGGUGCCAGAGGAAGACGGCUCCUUACAAGAACGUCAACAUCCAGAACUUCCAUAUCAGCUGGAAAGAUGGUUUGGGCUUCUGCGCCCUCAUCCAUCGACAUCGCCCCGAGCUCAUUGACUACGGAAAACUCCGUAAGGACGACCCCAUGACCAACCUGAACACAGCCUUCGACGUGGCAGAGAAAUACCUGGACAUUCCCAAAAUGUUGGACGCUGAAGACAUCAUUAGCACCUUGAGGCCCGAUGAGAAGGCCGUCAUGACUUAUGUGUCGUGUUACUACCACGCAUUCUCAGGCAAACAGAAGGCAGAGACAGCGGCCAACAGGAUCUGCAAAGUUCUGGCUGUGAACCAGGAGAACGAGCAGCUGAUGGAGGACUAUGAGAAACUAGCCAGUGAUCUGCUGGAGUGGAUCCGCCGUACCAUCCCCUGGUUGGAGAACCGUAUGCCGGAGAACACCAUGCAGGCCAUGCAGCAGAAGCUGGAGGACUUCAGAGACUACAGACGCCUCCACAAACCACCCAAAGUGCAGGAGAAGUGUCAGCUGGAGAUCAACUUCAACACCCUGCAGACCAAGCUGAGGCUCAGCAACAGACCUGCCUUCAUGCCCUCGGAGGGGAAGAUGGUCUCGGACAUUAACAAUGCCUGGGGUAAUCUGGAGGGAGCGGAGAAGGGCUACGAAGAGUGGCUCCUGAAUGAGAUCCGCAGGCUGGAGAGACUCGACCACCUGGCAGAGAAAUUCCGCCAGAAAGCAGCGAUACACGAAGCCUGGACUGAAGGUAAGGAGGAGAUGCUGCAGAAGCGUGACUACGAGACGGCGACUCUGUCGGAGAUCAAGGCUCUGCUGAAGAAACACGAGGCCUUCGAGAGCGACCUCGCUGCACAUCAGGACCGAGUGGAGCAGAUCGCAGCAAUCGCACAGGAACUGAAUGAGCUGGACUACUACGACUCCCCCAGCGUAAACGCUCGCUGCCAGCAGAUCUGUGACCAGUGGGACAGUCUGGGAGCUCUGACCCAGAAACGCAGUGAGGCUCUGCAGAGAACCGAGAAACUGCUAGAAACCAUCGACCAACUGUACCUUGAAUUUGCCAAAAGAGCGGCGCCGUUCAACAACUGGAUGGAAGGCGCCAUGGAGGAUCUGCAGGACACCUUUAUCGUUCACACCAUCGAGGAAAUCCAGGGACUGAGCACGGCCCACGAGCAGUUCAAAGCCACGCUGCCAGAGGCGGACAAGGAACGUCAGGCCAUCCUGGGAAUUCACAACGAGAUCGCCAAAAUCGUGCAGACUUACCAUGUGAACAUAACCGGAACCAACCCGUACACCACCAUCAACCCACAGGAGGUCAACGCCAAAUGGGACAAAGUCAGGCAGCUGGUGCCACAGCGUGACCAGGCUCUAAUUGAGGAACACGCCAGACAGCAGAACAACGAGCGUCUGCGUCGACAGUUUGCCAACCAAGCCAAUGUGAUUGGGCCCUGGAUCCAGACCAAGAUGGAGGAAAUCGGCCGCAUCUCCAUGGAGAUGCACGGCACCUUGGAGGACCAGCUGACGCACCUACGCCAGUACGAGAAGAGCAUCGUCAACUACAAGCCAAAGAUCGACCAGCUGGAGGGAGACCACCAGCUGAUUCAGGAAGCUCUCAUCUUUGACAACAAACACACCAAGUACACCAUGGAGCACAUCCGUGUGGGCUGGGAGCAGCUCCUCACCACCAUCGCUCGCACCAUCAACGAAAUCGAGAACCAGAUCUUGACGCGAGAUGCCAAGGGAAUCAGCCAGGACCAACUGAACGAGUUCCGCGCCUCCUUCAACCACUUUGACAGGGACCGCUCGGGCACUCUGGGCGCGGAGGAGUUCAAGGCCUGCCUGAUCAGCCUGGGCUUCGAUAUCGCCAACGAUUCACAGAAGAGAACAGGAAUCAUGGACGCUGAAGACUUCAAAACCUGCCUUAUCUCCAUGGGGUACAACCUGGGUGAAAACGAGUUCUCUCGCAUCAUGAGCAUAGUUGACCCCAACAGAAUGGGCAUCGUCACCUUCCAGGCCUUCAUCGACUUCAUGUCUCGCGAGACAGCGGACACAGACACUGCCGACCAAGUCAUGGCCUCCUUCAAAGUCCUGGCUGGAGAUAAGAACUACAUUUUAGCUGAUGAGCUGCGCCGAGAGCUUCCUCCAGACCAAGCAGAGUACUGCAUGGCCCGCAUGGCCCCCUACACUGGCCCUGACGCAGUACCUGGGGCCCUGGACUACAUGUCCUUUUCUACGGCUCUGUACGGAGAGAGCGACCUGUGAACUCUCUGUCAGUCGUCCUGACUGGGACCACCACCAGCCUACCUGCUCCACUCAUUGCCACAUCCUCAGCCUGGACCCUCACCAUCACCUCUCUCCUCACAUUCCUCUUCUGCUGUGCCCAUUUUUUGUACGUCUCUGGCCUUAUUAUUUUUAUUUUUUUCGCCCUUGUUUUCUGUCUUCUCCUUCACCUCGUCACCCAACCCUGUCCAUCCUUCUCUCUGCUCCUUCACACUCUGUCUCCGUUGUAUUUGCUUCGAUGCAGCAGCUCUCCAGGUUUACAAAGACGGAGAGAGAAAACAUUGUUUGUUUCUGUUUCUAUUUCCUUGUCAUUUGUUUUUUCUUCAUAAAGUGAAUAAAGUUAACAUAUUUUAUUAUACUGAACAAAAAGGUAUUUUUCUUCACCUGAUUGAAAAUAAGAGACGAGAAUUGUAAUAAAGAAAAAUCGAUAUAA